CCCAAGAGGUGCAGCCUGCUCGGGGAGCACGCCUGAGCUGGGAGGAGACACGGUGUGGGGUUUUGUUUUGUUGUUGCUCGUUCCUGUCACUGACGUUGAAGGUUGGCAUCAAAACAAGGUCUCAAACUAUUGACUAGAGAACAUCUCAUAAUAACGAGAGGCAAUAAAAUGAAUUCUGACUCGAGCUCUCUCUCUAGCAGAGCUUCGUCGCCAGACGUGGAUGAAAUUUGUCUGAGGGAUCAUCUGCAACACCAGGAUUCCAGGAUGAACUCGGUGUCUUCCACACAGAAUGAUCUGCUCCAGCAGCUCGCCAAUGAACACAACAUCACUACCCUCAACAGAUCCGAGGACAAGACGGGAGGCAAGUUCAAAGUGAAAAAGCAACUGUCGGAGCAAGACUUGCAGAACCUCCGGUUAAAGAUUAACGGAAGAGAGCGCAAAAGGAUGCAUGACUUGAAUCUGGCGAUGGACGGACUCAGAGAGGUCAUGCCUUACGCCCAUGGGCCGUCAGUGAGGAAACUUUCCAAAAUCGCCACUUUGCUGCUGGCUCGAAACUACAUCCUGAUGCUGUCCAACUCACUGGAAGAGAUGAAAAGACUGGUUGGGGAGAUUUACGGCGGGCAUCAUUCUGCUUUCCAUUGCGGGACAGUGGGACAUUCUGCUGGACACCCAGGACACUCCACAUCUGCCCACCAGGUCCACCCCAUCUUGGGCAGUGCCCUGACCUCUUCCGCUUCUUCAAUCUCGGCUUCUCUACCGGGCAUCAGUGCCGUGAGACCUCCUCAUUCACUAUUGAAAACGUCGUCCGCGCCCCCUGUACCGCUAGGAAACACUUUUCAGCACUGGGCAGGAUUGCCAUGUCCCUGUACUAUCUGCCAAGUGCCACCGCCGCCUCACAUCUCAGCCCUGAGCACAGCCAGCAUGCCAAGGCUUUCUACAGAUGGUAAAGACUUAAUGAAAGCCACAGAGAAGUUUGCACAUCUGGACUGACCAUGUUCCAGGAUUGUCACCAUAUUUACUCAGAGUGAUCAUCACUAUAAGCUACAAGAUCAAGACUUCUCAGUGACUGAAACAUUAGUCUCUAGUUAAGUUUUCUAUGAAUGAAAACACUUUAAAGUAUGUUGCUUCCACUUUCAAAAGUGUAUUUUUGAAUCAAAAAAGUUGAAGAAUGAAGGUAACAGAAAUUUCUGUAAGACAAACUACACAUUGCAAACUUUAAAAAAAAGUUACAAUAAAGAAGGAAACAGGUGAAAGUAAAACUCAACUCAAAACAAAAAAAAUGCAGAACAAGAAAGAGAGAACUGAGAAACUAAGCAAGAACACAACAAACCCAGUUGGUGUCUGAAACAUUUUACUUUUACAUUAAAUUGUAUUCUGGGCAUUUAAUUUACUAUU